CUCAUCUUCUUUAUUGCGUAAUGUUUGUUAUUGGGUGAUCGUUGUGUUUAUCAUCUUACAACAACAUUGAAGGAUCACUGUGGUCUGUGUAACAUGGACCCUGUUUUGAGCUUGCAGUGGGAAUAUAAGAAAACCAAAGAGAAAAUGAGGUUUGUUGCGACAGCUUUUGUGGCGAUUCUGUUUGGCUUCUUUCUAGGAGUGUCAUUUCCAACCAUUUCGUUAACUAAGAUGAAUUUCCCACCCAGCCAUUUUUCUUCCAUUGAUAUUUCAUACAUAGAGGAGAAGUACUCGGGGUUCUCAACCCAAGCACUGGUGAAUGCCUGGUCUUCUUUGAAGAGCAACAGAGAUAUCUCUGUAAAAUACAUCCCUAAUGAUGCAAAGGUAUGGUCUGAUGCAAGCCUUGUACUCUGCUAUGUUAUUACCUUUCUAGUUCUCAUGGUAAUACUGAGCAGAUUGGUUGUUACUGAAGAGGAUUGUGGUAGUUCUUUGUAACACAGUUUCCUUGUACUGUUUCGUAGGACAAAGUACCUACAAUUGUAUUGUGAGAAAUAUAUAAAUAAUUAGUACA